CUCCAACCACACCUACACCGAUUUCUCGCUACGAUCGAUCAAAGGUUACAAAGACUCGAGCAAAAUGUUUUGGCAUUGAAUGCAAAUUGAAACGAAAUGGGAUUCUUAAGUCCGGAGUAGAGUUUAAAAAAAUGUGGUCGAAAAUGUAUAAUGCCUUAUCUGGAGAAGUUGGUCUCAGUCCAGCUGAAGAGAGCCUGCAAAUCUUCAUUAUUUUGGAUAUCAAGUGCGUGUUAGAGCUUUCCCCACCGAUUCUUAAG